AUGAGUAUGGAUGUGGCAUUCCCAGCCAAGUGUUUAGGGUUUCUUAUUUUUUAUUGUCCGCCUUCACCUCCAUUUUGCGGUCGACUCCUACGCUUUCCUUCAUAUCGGCUCCUACGCUUUCCUUUAUAUCGACUCCUUCUCGCUUCUGUCUUCCUACAUUUUGUCUUCUGUGAACGCUACCCAAAACCCCCUCGUUGCUCGUCCCUUCUCCGGCGCAUUCACCCAUUUUCCGGCGGGCGUCUUCCUCUCCCGCCCAUCGGCAGCAUAGCUCCUCCGUCAUUACCCCUGCUCGAUUUCUUCUCGCACAAAGAUUUUAAUUCCCUGCAAGUCGUCCCACCUCACAUCUUCCACUAACGGUCGUCGCCCUGCUCCCAUCGCCAUUCUCCACCAUAUCUGCUUCAAUUGUCGCCUCCCUCCAUUCUGGUUUUCCUGCUUUCUUUGAUGAAUGUACAAUAUAUAUUGUUUCACAUAUAGCCGAUUGGAUAUCUUGCAACUAAAUUUGCUUAAGUGGUUGGAAAGAAAAGCAUAAUCCAAGGACUCUAUUUGCAUUUGGGAACAAUUGGCGCCCUUUGAUUCAAAACUCAAAUUGAAGAACACUUGUGAACCUUUAUCGAUUCAACAUACCUAAUAAUUUUGCCAAGUAAUCCACCAAGUGAUUCUCAAUUUUAUGUUUGUAAGCACUUAGUUAAACAUUUGUAGUUGACACUUUUAAUGUGUAUUAGUAGAA